AUGACGUUGAUGCAGACAUUGAUGCUGGAAUCAUCAGAGAUUAUAUGGACUCCAGAACUUUCAGACACCAGCAACAACCAUGAAAACCCCAGUUGUCAGUCAGUAAAAGAAGCCACUUCAGAAAGUGAAAGAGAACAGCCCAUUGAUAUGGAAUCUUGUAAAAAGGUUUCAGCAACUAAAGUAAUGAAGGAUGCCUGUGUGAAAACAAAGAAGGAAAGAUCCAUAGUGACAAACACAAUAACAGAAGAAAGGGAACCUGAAAAGCAUCCUAGAAUUUUCUCUCUACUCCAUUAUCUCAGAAAUGUGAGGUUCAUCAACAAAGCUGGAGAAGAGAUAUUUUUUGAUGUUAAUGGGGAUCCCCCUGCAGUAUAUGACCUGAUAGCAUGGUUCCUGAGUGUAAGUGGAGAAUCUAAAUAUGUACACGUGGGAAAAUACGACUCUGCUGCUCCAUCAGGUCAAAACCUUGUCAUCAGAGAAGAAGCACUAAUGUGGAAGGAUCAGGUCCCUGUUUCCAUCUGUAGUGAAAGCUGUCAUCUUGGACAUCGUAAAGUAUUUCAGUAUGGGCAACCUCCAUGUUGUUUUGACUGUAUUCCUUGCUCACAGGGUGAAAUCGCAAAUAUUAGUGAUGCCCAUGACUGUAUUAAGUGCCCAGAUGAUUCAUGGAGUAAUAAAGGACAGAAUGAAUGUAUAAAGAAAUUCAUCGAGUUCCUGUCUUAUCAGGACUUCCUUGGAGCAAUACUGACUACCAUCACUAGCGUCACUGUACUGCUUCCUGCUUCAAUAUUAAUUAUUUUUGUUAGGUAUCGUCACACUCCUAUUGUAAAAGCCAACAAUCGAGAACUGAGUUAUAUUCUACUCAUAGCUCUUAUCUUGUGUAGUCUUUGUUCUCUGAUUUUUAUUGGAAAACCCACUGUAUUAAUGUGUAUGCUCCGCCAGACUGUCUUUGGUAUAAUGUUUGCUCUUUGUGUCUCUUGUGUACUGGCUAAAACCAUCACAGUAGUCAUAGCCUUCAAGGCCACUAAUCCAAACAGUAAGUUAAGAAAAUGGAUGGGGCCUGUACUUCCUGGUUGCAUCAUCUGUUUCUGUACAAUGAUUCAAGUCACUCUGUGUGUAGUGUGGCUGUCAACUGCACCUCCUUUUCCUGAAGAAAACAUGAAAUUCAAACUAGAUACAAUAAUAAUAGAAUGUAAUGAUGGGUCCAGUAAUGCUUUGUGGUGGCUGUUGGGUUACAUGGGCCUCUUAGCCAGUAUAAGUCUUGUGGUAGCUUUCUUAGCCAGGACACUGCCUGACAGUUUCAAUGAAGCCAAGUUUAUCACAUUCAGCAUGUUGGUGUUUGUCAGCGUCUGGCUGUCCUUCAUCCCUGCUUACCUGAGUACCAGGGGAAAGUAUAUGGUUGCUGUGGAGAUAUUUGCCAUUUUGUCUUCCAGUAGUGGUUUAGUUAUAUGUAUCUUUAUUCCAAAAUGUUACAUCAUAUUAGUCAGAUCUGAAAUGAACACCAGGGAGUAUUUAAAAUGUAAAAUAAAUGCAUUCAAACAAAAAACAGAGAAAAGAUUCCAGAGCUAUAUAACAUAA